CUGCCCUCCAGAUGCGAAGCAAGAAUUGCAUGCUUGUCGGCGUGACGCCCCUCAGGCUUUAACAACUUGAAGAACAUCAUCUCAGCUGUUUCUUUCCCCAUCAUCAUCAUCCGACCACCCGACCCCAAGAAACACAUCACUCUUAUGGAUCUCACGCAUGCGGUCGCCUCACCAAUCAAAUUGAUCCCCACCGAGCUCUUGCAAAAGAUCUUCUAUCUCGCGACGAUCGAUCACUGGUCAACCCAUCAGCCCGAAUACCCUGACUACGUCAUGAGAAUGCCCGCCUUAGAUCUCCGCACCGUUUGUCAGGAUUGCACGGUCAUACUACAAACCUACAUCGACAAUUCACGUAACAAGCCCCUGCAUAUUAAAUACACGGGAGCAGAGACCCCAUACAACAUCGAGGACGAACCGAACUCGCUCUGGCAGAACCCGGACUCAAAUAUGAUAAAGAUGUUGGCGAACCAACGCCAUCGCUUCCUGGAUUUCAACGUCAGCCAUGUGCAGCUGAGUUGUGACUACAGCGUCAUGCUUGUCCCGUUGGUCAAUACCGGUGAAAGACUUGUGAAGGACGAUGAUGACCACGACGACGACGACGACGAGGCGGACGGCGGAGAGGAACUUAGAGAUGAAGAGAAUGCACAGGCAGCGAUGCUGCAACGACUUUGCAUAGCCACAGAGCGCGGAAAGAAGCUCAGGAAGAAGAGUGCGAAACGGGCGUUCGUUUUGCCUGCUCUACGGCACCUCCACGUUACUGGUCUACGACUACCUCAAUGGCUCCGCAUGACAAAUUUGGUUACCCUCGAGCUCACUGACCAGAUCGCUGCAACUGUACCACACUGGUUCUUCAUCCUCAAGAGCAAUCCUAAUCUCCGGGAUGUUACGUUGAUGUUGGACCCCUUCAGCUUUGACAACGCCUCGCAGGAGGUCAUGGAAGCAACCAAAAGUCGCGUCUCCCAAAUUGAUCUUGAUCAGCUGGAAAGUCUAUCGCUCGGCUUCGGGUUGAUCACGAUGCAGGAUAGUAUGCAGGACCUUCUGAAAAUGAUGGAAUUCCCCGCCACGACGCGGAUUGAUUUGACCGUCACCAUUGAUCAGAUGUCCACGCACGAGGCAGAGGCACUAAUGGCUCGUCCAGACCUUGGCCCCGCUCUGGGCGAUAUUGCGUCGCAAUCCGAGGCACUCACUCUGCGAGUUAACGGCCACUGGCACAAUCUCUAUGCGGCAGACGUCGAUGCCAGUGAUAGCGGUUCAGAUUCAGAUCGACUAGAGUAUCGCCUGUGCACCGAAGUGACCUCAAAAAACCAACAGUUGCGUCUGGCGUGCAUAUGGCCUGGGUCACCAGAGAAUAAUCAUCUCGGCCAAGUUCCUGCGUUUGCCGGUCUGGCCUCGCUGAGAUAUCCUACUCUUCGACACCUGCAAAUCAAGAUUGACUUUAGCCAUCGUGAUGAACUUCGGAAACCGCCGUUGUUCACAUGGGAUCCGAUACUCACAAGUAUACCAUCCACCGUGUCGAAGCUGCAACUAGAUUUCGAGGUCUGUGGUCGGACGGAAGUCGCAGAUGCGUUCUUUGACGCAUGCGAAAAAGCCUUUGGCGCAUACAGAGCAGACCCUGAAUCUUGCAAACCGCCUUUCCCCAAUGUCACGGACCUGGUCAUCAUCAUCGCUGAGAACCACAUCAUGCUAGACAAGAUACAGGGUUUUGAGCGACACCUAACUCUGGACAACCUGGCGAUCGAGAUCAAGGGCGGCACGGAGUCCAAUCGGCAGGAGGUAGAGUCUGUGUUGACACAACAUGCCAGUGCCAAAGAAGUAUCGGUUACUAGUCAAGCGCGAUCGACUCCAGGCCCUCAGACCUGUCAUUAA